AUGCUCAUAAUCGGCCUCACAGGCUCAAUCGCAACGGGCAAAUCAACCGUCUCCUCCCUCCUCUCCUCCCCGCCCUACUCUCUCCCCAUAAUCGACGCCGACCAACUCGCCCGCAAGGUCGUUGAACCAGGAACACCAGGCUACGCCGCAAUCGUCAACUACUUCGGACCUAGCACACCGGAUCUACUCCUCCCGGAAUCACCAAAUGCACCGCCGGGCACCCCGCGCGGAUUGAACAGGCCCGCGCUGGGACGCAGGGUCUUUGGGACCUCAGAGGAGCGCAAGCGUGACCGCAUGAUACUUAAUAAGAUUGUGCAUCCGGCUGUGAGGUGGGAGGUGUAUAGGAGUUUGUUAUACUACUACCUACAUGGGUUCUGGGCUGUUGUGCUGGAUGUGCCGCUGCUGUUUGAGUCGGGGAUGGACUUGAUCUGCGGGACGGUUGUUGUUGUGGGCGUGAGUGAUCCGGAGGUACAGAUGGCGCGGUUACGAGCGCGCGAUGCGCAUCUCACUGCGGAGGACGCGGAGAAUCGGGUCAGGAGUCAGGGUGAUGUUAGGGGGAAGGUGGAUAAGGCUGAAUUUCGGGGUAUGGAGAGUGCGAGGGGGGUCAUUGUUUGGAAUGAUGGGGACAGGGAGGCGCUGGAGAGAGAGGUGAAGAGGGCUGUUACGACGAUUCAGGGGAGGAGUCCGAGGUGGUGGGCUUGGUGGUUGCUACUUGCACCGCCCUUGGGGGUUGGUGUUGCGGCGUGGAAUCUGGCUGUGAAUUACGGGAUAAGAAGGAGAUGGGAGAGGAAAGAGGCCGGUGAGAAGGCCAAGCUGUAG